AGAGAUUCCAGGCGCUCCCACCGUGACCGCGAGCACUUCUGCCAGUCAUGCCGGAGAUCAGCAAUUGCCGACAUCGACUUCAAAUCUGGCUGUAACCGGACACGCUGUGCAAAAAUUAACCAAUGACGGUACUCUCGCUCAGGGACAUCACCAAGACAACGGUCCAAUCCAGGACUCCCAACUUCAGCACGGAGCAGGCCAGACCGUUUACAGCUAUGACCUGGCACCACCAAGUGUCCCCCAGGUAGCCCAUGCUCCUCUUGUACAAGUCCCAGAGGAAAAUAUUUCAGGCGUGGAGUCAAAACCUCUGCCAGACAGUGCAAUGCAGCAUCAACAGGAAGCCUCGGCCCAAGAGGGUGCCGGCCAGCCCGAGGCACAAUCUCAAGCCGAGCAAGCCGCGCCAAAGCCGUUUCCCAUGUUGCCGGGGCAAGUCACGCCGCUCCCGUCGCAGGUCGGCUCCGCACCAGUUCCACUACCGCUUCCUCCGUCCUCUAGCGAACAGUCCGCUCCAAAUCCUGCAACGAGCCAGUCCAGCCAGACUUUGACAUCACCACAGCGAGACUCUUUCCCACCAAAUCAGCCUAGAUAUGGGACAGGCGCAUUGCAGCAAGGGUUUAUGGGACAGCCUGGCGGGGCUUCUUCGCAAGCCGGCAUGCAGCAUGUUGCGACUAUGAUGCCUAUGGGCCAGCAACCAGUACACGCACAGGGUCAAGCCAUGCAGGGUGGCUUGAUGCCUCAACAUCAGGUCUUGCCACAACAGCAGUUUCAACAGCCAACGGCUUCCACUGGCAGCGCGGCCCCGGCCAACUCAUCAAUUACGGACGCAGGAAAGAGUAUGAAAAAGUGGGCAAGAAAGAUGUUCAGCUCCGGAUCGGAGAAGACGCCCGGACCCGUGACUGGGACGUCAGUGAUCCCUCCUCGUACAGGCGCUCCAACGAAUAUGCCAAUGCAAACUGCUUCGACGCCGCCUCGGCCUCAGCAAUAUUUUCAGCCGCAGCCGCAGCCGCAAGGGUCGACGCAACAUCUCGGCCAGUUACAACCAGCUCAGAUGUACAAUCUGCCUAUGCGUCCACAGCCCCCUUUGAUGGCAGUUCCUGAAAAUCAAGCACUUGGCACAGGCAGCUCUCAGCCCCCAAGUCAACCUACGCUUUUAGGAAUGAAGCACUCUGCUUCCAUGCCUCAGAUUCCACAAGCCCAGAAACCGACGCAGCCAAGCCAGAGCCAACAGAACAAUGUUCCUAUGAGUGUGUAUCAGCAAAGUGGCAUGCAACGCCCGAUGCAAAACCCCGGCCAGCCGUUGAUGGUGCCUGGCCAGUUUCGACAGCAAGUUUAUCAACAACAGCCUGGUCCCGGUACUCCACAGGUUCCUAAAAACGGGCAUCCCGGGCCAGCUCCAAUGCAAGCUGCUCCGCAUGGUGCUUCUUCAUCCAUUCCACUGCAGGAGCAGCCAGUUGGCAAUCAUGUGCCUGCUAACAUUUCGGCUCGGCAGAGCAGCGGCACGUUUUCAGGACACCCAGCCGGUCAACACCCUCAACAUCGAAAUUCAAAACCAAUACAAGGUUCGAUGCCGCCCGGUGCCAUGCCAACACAGCAGCCAAUGCAGCAGCCACCGUCGGCGACGCACUUGCAGAUGAAUGCAUCUUCCGGAACCAGGGCACCACAGAAUGCACCUUCGUUGCCGACGACUACGCAGGUUGGUGGUCCAGUUCCCGUGCAAGGGCAAAUUCCUACAUACGGGCAACAGCUACCGCAAGGGCCGUACCCUCCACAAUGGCAACAGUUUCCACAAGGCCAGCCUGUCUCGCAAGGUCAGUAUGCGCAAGCGGUACAGCAAAACCCGCAUGGACAAUUUGUUCAGCCAGGUCAGGGGCCAGGAUCCAUAGCGCCAAUGCCGGCGAAGAACCUGCCUCUGCCGCAAGGCCUGCCUGCACCACAGGCGGCAACAACAGCAUCAGGAGCGGGAUCGGCCACUCAGCCGCCAGCCAAUUCAACCCACAAGAGGACCUGGUCGAAAAGCAAGGCCGACUAUUCUGGCGGUGAAUGGGGUGAUAAUUGGUAAAAUAUCAAGUCACUGCGCACUAAUACGGAGCGAUUUCUGAAUUCUGGCAUGGCUCAAAGGCUUAAUAUCCCUUUGUGCUACGUUGCGCAACACUCCUAUCUAUGUGUAUAUAAUCAAAGGACAAGCCCAGCUGUCGGUAUAAUAAUCUUGCGCUGGAUGUAUGCAACGCCUUAGACUCGAACAACGUGAUACCAUUUUCUGCCGCGCACUGUAGAAUUAGAUGCCAAAGUCAUAACCACAUAUCCCAUCUGAUUCGGC